AGAGUACACUAGCUCUCCCGACCUUUCCCAACUUUAAAAGGAAAUGGCGUUGCGUCAUUUGGGCCUUCACUCCUCUCUCUUGCGCAUUUCUCACUUGAACAGUAUCCUUUCUCCCAAGAAGCGCUUCCUCUCCGUCUCGGCAUCAAUGGCUUCUCCUGCUCGGAAGGUUUUGGUUCCGAUUGCUAACGGCACUGAGCCAAUGGAAGCGGUGAUUACGAUCGACGUUUUGCGAAGAUCCGGGGCUGACGUUACGGUGGCUUCAGUAGAAAAGCAGCUUCCCGUCGAUGCUGGCCAGGGCGUGAAGAUUGUUGCCGAUGCUUUGAUUUCUGAUUGCGGCGAUGGCGGCUUCGAUCUCAUCACUCUACCUGGAGGCAUGCCGGGGGCUACCAACCUUAGAGAUUGUGCCAUUCUGGAAAGCUUGGUGAAGAAGCAGGCGGCUGAUGGGCGGCUUUACUCUGCAGUAUGUGCUUCACCUGCUGUGGCGCUUGGGCCAUGGGGUGUGUUGAAGGGCUUGAAAGCAACCUGUCAUCCAUCGUUUAUGGAACAAUUAGCCCCCUGUGCGACUGCGGUUGAAUCAAGAGUGCAAUUGGAUGGCAUGGUUGUGACAAGUCGUGGACCUGGAACUACUAUGGAAUAUGCUGUUGCACUGAUAGAGCAAUUGUAUGGGAAAGAGAAAGCAAAUGAAGUUUCUGGGCCACUGGUUAUGCGUUCAAACCAUGGGGAUGAAUAUACUGUAAGGGAGCUAAAUCCGGUGGAGUGGGCAUUUAAUGAUUGCCCUAAGAUUCUUGUACCUAUUGCCAAUGGCACUGAGGAAAUGGAAGCUGUUAUGAUCAUUGGUAUUCUACGCCGAGCAAAAGCAAAUGUUGUGGUGGCCUCUGUUGAGGAUAAACUAGAAAUUUUGGCUUCUCGCAAAGUUAAACUCGUGGCAGAUGUGCUCCUAGAUGAUGCUACUAAUCAUUCGUUUGACCUAAUAGUAUUGCCCGGUGGACUUGGUGGUGCCCAAGCAUUCGCAAACUCUGAAAAACUAGUGAACCUGCUCAAGAAGCAGAGGGAAAUAAAUAGACCUUAUGGAGCAAUAUGUGCAUCCCCAGCUUUAGUCUUGGAGCCCCAUGGCUUACUCAAGGGUAGAAAGGCUACAGCUUUUCCUGCACUUUGCAACAAGCUGUCGGAUCAGAGUGAAGUUGAAAACAGGGUUGUGGUCGAUGGUACACUCAUCACCAGCAGAGGGCCGGGAACUUCGAUGGAGUUUGCACUUGCAAUUGUGGAGAAGCUGUUUGGGCGCCAGAAAGCACUAGAGCUCGCCAAGACGAUGGUUUUCCUACAACCAUAGACCUUAUAAAUUGUAUAUCGACCGUUAUAGAGCUUAUAAACUGAAAUUGUGUAGGACUAUCUACCGAGAUGAACGUGGUGGUUUGAGUUCAUGUUUGAGUAUGAAUACACUUUGCACUUAUGUUCAACGAUUUCGUGUAUAAAUAAAUGAGUUUCGUAAGAA